CACACACACACACACACACCGAGCAGAGGAGCUGCAGCACAGCUGAUGGACUACACCACACUUAACAGUUGUUUAUGUGUAAAUCUACACACAGCCUGAGGGACUGAGGGAAUCGCGCACGGUCUCGCGCGCACCUCUAACGGCUCGUCGACGUUUUUUUUAUCGUUAUUUUAUAUUACAUUAACGGCUGGUGUUGGAGUUUUAUAUCUGCUGGAAGAAACGCUGACGAGGUUGGAGAAAGACCGAGGAGAGAGAAAAGGGAGAGAAAAGGAACAGAGUGUGUGACAGAUGCUUGAGGAAAUUCCUGACCGGUUUCACUCUGGCAUGACAGGAAUUUUUGCUGUAAGUUACUCUCGGAACUGAUGGAGAAGGACCACUAAUCGUUUUGCCGUGUUGCUAUGCGGCUUGAUUUCCAUUAGAAAGAGACCACUGCUGUUCUUGAGCUACGUCAUCUUGUGCCAUCUUGGUUGUGCUUGGCCUCCUAGCUAAUUGGCAGUGCAUGAUCUCCAGAGAUUCUGAACAUUCCUCAAACAUGGUCCAGUGCUGAACUCUGUCUCUUGACUUCACCAUGACCAGUCUGAAGCGUUCGCAGACAGAGCGCUCUGUGGGGGGCUCUGUGCCUGCCUCAGAUGAGUUUUACACCCGCCGCCUGCGCUUGCCCAAUGGAGGGGCGCCUCCUCCACGCAGCGAAAGCACCCACCUGUCCGGAGGCACACCUGGAGUGCCCAAGAUGGGAGUCCGGGCACGGGUUGCUGACUGGCCUCCAAGGAAAGAUGGUGGCGGCGGCGGCAGUAGUGGAAGUGGUGGCAGUAGCGGUAGCAGUGGGAGUGGAGGAGGUGGUGGUGGUGGUGGAGGAGGAGGAGGAGGAGCAGGAGGAAGUGGUGGUGGUGGUGUAUGGCACAUUACAGUGGAGACUGACUCACCAUCAACUACUUCUGGAAGCACACAGAGCAACCUUUCUGCUAAGCUUGGUCACUUGAUCAGCCCACAGGAUUCGUCUAUGCUGCGCAAUAUUCAGAAUACACUAAAGAAUAAGAUUCAUAGCAAGGGCAAAGACAAUCGCUUCCUGUCUCCAGAUGGUUACUUGGGCUCACCACGCAAGGGCAUGCGUCGUAUACGCCAGCGCAGCAACAGCGAUAUUACCAUCAGUGAGUUGGACGGAGAUGGCAACGAGGGUUGGUCCUUUUCUGGCUGGACACCAAUGCACCGCGAGUAUGGCAGUACCUCAUCCAUAGACAAGCAUGGCGUCUCUGGAGAGAGCUUCUUUGACAUGCUCAAAGCCUAUCACACUGAUGACCCUGAUCAACGUAGCCCUGCUCCUGAAAAAUUAAGCGAACUGCUAACUGUGGCUCACAAACAGACUGCCCUCGACCUUCCAGAUGGGCCCCUGGGACCUCCACGCGGUAGUCCUGCAAGUCGUCUCAAGGAAAGAGAAAAGCACCUGAAGCGGCGUUCCAAGUCUGAAACCGGCGGUGAGUCCAUAUUCCGCAAGUUACGGAGCGUGAAGGCAGAAGGUGACUCCUCUCGUGCAGGUUCGGAUGCAGAAGAUGGGAAGCCUGAGGAUGCAGGUCCUCCUCCAAAACCCUGGGUUUGUCAGAAAGGUUUUGCCCAUUAUGAUGUACAGAGCAUUCUGUUCGACCUGAAUGAAGCAGUGCAAAAUCGACAGAGUGCCUCCAAAAGGAAGAACACAACUACCGGAGCCUCUGCCGCUGCCGCUGCUUCGGCCUCCACCUCCUCCUCUCUAUCAUCCAACCAGAGCGGGGCCUAUGGCUCCCCCUGUGGUAGUCAAGAAGAGCUUAAUGCCAAGGACGGACCAGCGCUGGACCCCGGUGAUGAUAAAAGCAACGAUCUGGUUCUCAGCUGUCCCUGCUUUCGUAACGAGAUAGGGGGUGAAGGUGAGAGGAACAUCAGCCCUUCGAAACAGGGCAGCAUUGGCAGUGGAUCGGCCAAUUCUUCUAGAGACGAGGAUGGGAACCGCGAGACCGCGCCAAACACCCAUUUCAGUAAUGCAGGGGUAGCUGUGCUGGAAGCUCACAAAGAUGGAAAGAGCAUACACCAUGAGAGGGGAAAGAGCAACAUCUUGGAACAUGUGGACUUGGGUGCCUAUUACUACCGAAAGUACUUCUAUUUAAGAGAGCACUGGAACUAUUUGGGAGUGGACGAGACGCUCGGGCCGGUCGCCGUGAGUCUCCGGCGAGAGAAGCUGGAUGAUCACAAAGAGCACGGGCCACAGUACAAUUACAGGGUCAUCUUUAGAACCAGUGAGCUGAUGACUCUGCGAGGCUCCAUUUUGGAGGAUGCUGUUCCAUCCACGUCUAAGCACGGUUUGGCUCGAGGCCUGCCCUUAAAGGAGGUUCUGGAAUACCUGGUCCCUGAACUGAACACUCACUGCCUCCGUCUCGCCCUCAACACGCCCAAAGUCACUGAGCAGCUGAUGAAACUGGAUGAACAAGGGCUGAGCUUCCAGCUGAAGGUAGGGGUGAUGUACUGCCUGGCUGGCCAGAGCAGUGAGGAGGAGAUGUACAACAACGAGUCGGCCGGUCCUGCGUUGGAGGAGUUCCUGCAGCUGCUCGGAGAACGCGUGCGCCUCAAAGGAUUCAGCAAGUACCGCGCUCAGCUCGACACUAAGACUGACUCGACCGGUACUCACUCCUUAUACACCACUUAUAAAGACUAUGAAAUCAUGUUCCACGUGUCCACCAUGCUGCCUUACACGCCCAACAACAAGCAGCAGCUGCUCAGGAAACGGCACAUCGGGAACGACAUCGUCACCAUCGUGUUCCAGGAGCCCGGAGCCAAGGCCUUCAGCCCCAAGAACAUCCGCUCGCACUUCCAGCACGUGUUUGUGGUGGUGCAGGUGCACAACCCGUGCUCGGAGAACACCUGCUACAGCGUUGCCGUGGCCCGUUCCAGAGAUGUCCCUGCUUUCGGGCCGCCCAUCCCAGAGGAUAUGAUGUUCCCCAAAUCCUCAGUCUUCCGGGACUUCCUGUUGACCAAGGUGAUCAACGCAGAGAACGCCGCGCACAAGUCGGACAAGUUCCGCGCCAUGGCGACGCGUACGCGCCACGAGUACCUGAGGGACCUGGCUGAGCGCCACGUCACCAGCACACCCAUCGACCCCUCAGGCAAGUUUCCCUUCAUCUCUCUGGCGCACAAGCGCAAGGAGAAAAGCCGGCCGUACACCGGGGCCGAGCUACGAAGCCCAGGGUCCAUCAGCUGGGCUGUGUACGCAGAGGACCACGGCGCCGGAGGAGAACUCGAAGCCCUGCUCGCAAUCUCCAACGACUUCCUCAUCUUGGUGGAUCCAGAAGCCAAGGCAGUGGUGUUCAACUGCGCCGUACGUGAUGUCAUCAGCUGGACGCUGGGAAGCCCCGCCUCCAUGAAGAUCUUCUACGAGCGAGGAGAGAACAUCUCGCUACGCUCGGUCAACAACAACACGGAGGACUUCAGGGAGGUCAUUAAACGCCUAGAGUAUCUAACCAAAGGCUGCGAGACGUCUGAGAUGACUCUGCGUAGGAACGGACUGGGCCAGCUUGGAUUCCAUGUCAACUACGAGGGCAUCGUGGCCGAGGUGGAGCCGUACGGUUACGCCUGGCAGGCCGGACUGCGGCAGGGCAGCCGCUUGGUGGAGAUCUGCAAGGUCGCCGUGGCAACGCUCUCGCAUGAGCAGAUGAUCGAUCUUCUGCGCACCUCAGUCACCGUGAAGGUGGUCAUCAUACCGCCGCACGAGGACGGCACGCCACGCAGGGGCUGUUCGGAGCUGUACCGCAUGCCAGUGGCUGAGUAUAAGGGAAGCAGUGAGAGCGGUUCGUAUGAAUACAAGUUCCCGUUCCGCACCAACAACAACAAGUGGCAGCGCACGUCCUCCAGCCCACAGCAGUCGCUCUCUGCCUCGCCUCAGAGCCACACCGGGACCCCCAACCGAGCCGUCAGCCUGGGGGCCAGCAUGGGCAAGACGCUGUCGGCCGAGAGACCGGAGAGGGCCACAGCCAUCCCACGCAGCGUCUCCAGCGACGGCCGUCCUCUCGACUCUAAGAGGAUGUCUCCCGGUUCAGAGAACUACGCCCUGGCUUCCUCCAUGGUGAUGACUCGUCCCACUCACACCCGCAGCUCCCCCAGCAACCUGUCCUGCUCCAGCGACACUGGCUCUGGGAGUUCAGCCCACUGGAGGCAGAAGUCCAUGCCUGAGGGAUUUGCACCGAACCGACACUCUCCUCUUCCGCCAGAGCGACAGAUGAUGGGAGAUGGCAGCGGGAAGUCCACCCCCAGCUGGCCCCGAGUGGACGACUCAGAGAGAGCAACAGAUGCCCCGGCCAGUAAAUCCGGAACAUCGUACUCGGGUGGCCCACGCAUCCAGAGGCAGGAGCAGGUCAUUCAUUUGUCACCUAAGAAGAGCAGCCAGUCUGAGGGCCCGUAUUCCCACUCGAGCAGUAACACGCUCUCCAGUACAGCCUCCAGUGGCGGUCACAGCGAUGACAAGUGGUACGAUCUGGGAGGCGGCGGUCCAGGAGACGUCGCUGACCCUGAGCCUAACGGUCUGGGCGGAGGCGGAUACCUGCAGGGCUCCUCAGCUGACAGCGGCAUCGACGCCACCUCCUACAUUCCCCAUCACGGCAGCUCUAGCUCCCUGCUCACUGUGGGCACCUCGGCACCUCGAGAGAGGGUUGCCUCGCCGUGGCACGGGCCAUCUGACGGAGGCCGACGCGUACUGGAGAGAUCGCCUCCGGCCGCGGAGCCGGCCGUUGCUCCUGCAGAAGCUCCGACCACACGCAGUCCUCCUACACAUCUGCUAAUGCGUGACAGCAGCUCGUACAGCCUGAGCGACAUGGCAUCCCACUCCAGCUCGCGUCACUCUGCCAGCCCCGGAGUGCUCAGCUCCAGUCACAACUCUCCCCGCGAUGAGUCUCCCUCCACCACGUCACCCUCCUCCUCCUCACAGAGCUCGGUCUCUCCAGGACCAAAGAGCUUUUACCCUCGCCAGGGAGCCACCAGCAAGUACCUGAUUGGUUGGAGGAAGCCAGGGAGCACCAUCAACUCUGUGGACUUCGGAGACACUCGGAAGAGGCCUCAGGGCGAGGGAGCGGAAAGUGGGCCGUCUCAGACCCGACCCUCUCUCAGGGACCUGCACUCACCACAGCCACUGGGCAAAUCGACUGUAGAGGAGGAUCUGAAGAAACUCAUCACCCUGGACAGUCCACCUGCUAUCCAUCAUGAUGACAAGUCUCUGCAGCCAUCGUGCUCGGGUGCGAGCGGUACGGGCCGGCGCUCGCUGCAGCGCACCCUCUCCGAUGAGAGUAUUUAUCGUGGCCAGCGCUUGCCUUCACUGGGAGAUGCGGUGUUGGAGCAGGCACUCACCAGCGACGUGCUGUUCAGCUGCUCCACCCUGCCGCGCUCACCCACCACCCGCGGGGCACCACUGCGCAGACCAUCCUACAAACUGGGCAUCAAGAUGCAUGGUGACCUCUCCGCGUCUGACACCUCUCUAGCAGACCUCCACGAGCGCCAGAGGCUGCCGUCUCCUGAGCUGGGCCUCAUGCCUCUGCCUGACACAGACACGGACAGCGGCCUGGACUGGAGCCACCUGGUAGAUGCCGCUAACGCGUUCGAGGGUGAGGGGAGACCCCCACGCAUUCAGAGAAGUUUUAUGUUCAGUUCUCAGGACAUCAGUCAUCGUGGUGAGAGUGCAGUGAGCUCCCAGCAGCUGGAGCUGCAGCCCGUUCCCCACACCAGACUUUCUCCCAGUGAUAUUCCUGUGGGUUUUGCUGGAAAAAUCUCUCAGCUCGAGUCUUUGGUGAAGAUGCUGCAGGACACCUUGAAGAAGGAGCGAGAGGAGAAGCUGAAGCUCCAGGCUCAGAUCAAGCGGCUUUGGGAGGACAACCAGAGGCUCCAGGAGGAGUCGCAGAACUCUGCUGCCAAGCUGAAGAAGUUCACCGAGUGGGUCUUCAACACCAUCGACUUGAACUGAGAGCACCGCCGGAGCAGCUGCUCCAUCCUCCAGCUUCACCUGGGACCAACACGAGCACCAGUCAACAAUCCAACCCUUGUUCUGUCGAGCGUUCUUCAUGCCAGUCGGAACACAGCACAGGAACCACCAGUCUUUCUUCAGGCCGACUUUUUCAUCAUGUUUAACAAGAGAAUGAAUUCUUAUUUACUGAACCAGUCUGCAGGGACGAGCGGUCAUCCAGGAUCACGGUUACGCGACUCCGUAGGUCGAGGAAGAACGUGACAAUUUUUUUUUUUCUUUUGGAGAGAGAUUGUGGUGCUUGUGAGAUUCUGCUGGGUCAAUGUGCUGUUUGGAGUUGGUGUGUGUUUGUUUCCCCUCUUUAUCUCCAAUUAGCGUGGUCAGUGGUGUGAAUCUACAAUGCAGCAGUACAAUAAAAAAAGGAAGGAAGCCACACGUUAUGACAUUUUAUUAUUACAGACGAUCUGAUGCAGAAUGGACUGAAUGCAGAAUCUUGGCUUUUUUUUCUUCUUCUUUUCUUCCCUUAAAGGCAAAAGCAAUAGGCCGACGUUCUCAAAGCGUCGGCUUCAUCAGACCGUAAUAAUAAUAAUCUAAUCUCACCGUGUCAGAUUCUUAUCUCACGUAAAGCAAUCGCAGGACUGCGGUACGAACACUGAAAACUCUUAAAACCUUUUUUUUUUUCUUUUUUUUCUUUUUUUUUUUUUUUUUUUGGGGGGGGGAACAACUCUAAUUUAUUCUGUUUGUAUUAUAAAUAAAUAUCCGUACAGUAGAAAGUUAAUGUUUAUUUUCCAGACAGAUGCUCAUUAUGUAGGUGUAUUAUUAUUAUUAUUAUUAUGAUGAUGAUGAUUUAUUAUUAUUAUUAUUAUUAUUAUUAUUAUUAUUAUUAUUAUUAUUAUUAUUUUGUACGUUUAAUUUCAUGCCGUUACGUUUUGCGUGCUUUGUGGUGCCCUCGCCUGCCGUCGUCGUGUUGCCUUAGUGCCCUCUGGUGGUGAAAAAUGAUUGUUUCACUAGCUACAGUCUUUAUUUCAGUUUUGAAAAAAAAAAAAAACACCAAACAAACAAAAAUCAAGGCAUUCGUCGUUUCCUCCUUUUGUUGUUUGUGUUAAUGGAAACUAGAGAUUAAGCUCAGGCUGUGUGUGUGUGUGUGUGUGUGUGUGUGUGUGUGUGUGUGUGUGUGAGAAGAGUAAGGAGUUAUUCUGACGGAGGAAACCGGUCAGCACAGAAGGUAGAUUUCUGCUCGCGUCAGCACCGAAUUUCGUGCCUGCUCAAAGGAAGGGCUUUAAUCAGCCGAUAAUCAAUACGGCUGAACGGCUACAACCUGUAAUCUCGCUCCUGCCUCUCAGUGCUGGGCCUAAUCAUCAAUCUGAGAUUCACACUACCCCAAACACACACACGGCUGUUCUGAGCUCAAACAGUUCACAAGCAACUCUCAAAAUCAAACGUAAUAUUCAGCACUGAAUGGAGAUUAUCGAUUCUGUUCUAAGAAUCAUUCGAAUCGUACGAAUCGGUUGAAUCAUUUCUGGUUACCAGCAGCUAAAGGAACGAACGAAUCACAUAGAUGCCCGAAAGCCCGAAAAAACUAAUUGAUUCAGGUUUGUACAUUAUAGAGAAUCUUAGAGACCGUGUGCCUGAGUGAGUUAACGAUAAAGAGUCGUGCUUCUCCUUUUACACUUUCAGGAAGGUUUUAAAUAAGAGCUCCUGUUCUGUGGAACUUGAACGCUGGCAAAAAUGUUUGAAUGUGAAUUCGGGGAGAAUUCGAACACGUACACGUCUCUUUAAAUCACACCAGCGUGUGGUUGUAAUUUAACUUGUGUUGGAUUCUGUACGUUUACAAAAAAGAAUCACAGUUAGAUGUUUUAUGUAAAUUAGGCCAAAGAUGAUAAUUUUCAUUAAGCAACAUUCUAGCUAGUCACACUGCACGUGCUGCUAAUCGUUUUCAUACGGUAGAAAUUGAGUCAUUUCAAUAAAACAUAUCAAACAUUAUGGGUCAUAUCUAGUCUCGGUCCACUGAACUCGGUUUAAUUCAUAGACGUGAGUGAACACGAGAGACUUUUCUUUGGGACUCCUGGAAGCUUUACAUAUAGCCUGAUUUACAUAUAUUUGCAUAGAUAAAGCCUGUAGUUGCAUCCCUCUGCCUUUAGGUGGUGUAAGAGUUGUGUUGUCAAGCACCUGUAGGAUUAAUUACGUUUAAUUCAUCAUGAUUAGACAGAUUAGAUCUCAGAAUUGAUCACAUUGUUUUUCUCCUUAAAGUUUGCAGUAUGUGCAGUGAACAUGUUGUUUUCAGUGACAUUUUAAAGGCAAGCUUAGCAAGGAUUAAAAAAAAAUGCUGAAUAAAAUGCACAUUGAUGUGAAUUAACAUACAUCACAUAUGAGUAUAAUAUAAUUCCAACACGUGACAUUUAUAUUCGAAUACUUUUGUCAGCUUUUAAGCUCCAUGACUAUUGUUUACUCUUGUUCAAUAUUCCACUUCAGAUUUAUUUGAAUGUGAACGUUAACUCUCUUUUUUUUUUCCCAGUCAGAUUUAUAAUUUACUUUGCACUGUAAUAUUUUUUUUGUAUAGAUUUCUAAUUAUUAUAAGAAUUAUUAUAAUUAUUAUUAUUGCUAUGUUAACAGUCGAUGGAGCCUCAUAACGUUAAACGUCUUCUCGGUCAUUGCCUUUCGUCAUGUGCGUCAUCACGUGUGAGCAGGAGAAGACGGUCCUUCGUCGAGCUCCUCGACCCUCCUCCGGAUUUAUACGUGUUUCGCUUCGACGAUGUGCACAUUUUCUUAAAAAAACAAAAAACAAAACAAGGAAACAUUCUAUGUUUAAGAAGAACUGUUUACAUGAUUCUGUUGGUUUUAUUUGUAAAGUCUAGAGAUUGAAUGAACAAACUUCCCAGUCAUCACAACGGUAUUAAAACAUUUCUUAAAUAAACUGCAAAAAUAAAAUAUAUUUGAGUUGCUGUAAUUUUUCAUGACGUGGAAGUUAAAUGAAAUAGCACAUUGCUUGCCUCCCGCUCCAUAAGGUGUACUGCUUU